AAUCCGAUUCCGCCAUUUCUUUACGCGAAAGUGUGGUCGCGUUUCACACAGUACGUUUAUGAAACUUUUUAUUUUCUCUCAUUUUAAAAAAACUAUAUAUAAUUUCCACAUACAAUUCUAUACAAAAAUAUAAUCCAUCAAUAUAAAUCAAUUGUAUAUAAGUGAUUUAUUCAAUUAAAAGUUUAUCCAAUUACAACUAAAAAUACUCGAAAAAAAAUUGUUUCAAGUCAAAAAGAAGAGAAGAAAAAAAAAGUAAAAAAAAAAAAUGCAAAGUAAAAUGGGUUCGUUCUUCAUCGUCUCCGUCGGCAGUGAAUGAGAUGAGAAGAGAAAGAGAAGAAAAAAAAAGUUUAAUAUUACUCGUAAAUGUGUGUGAGAGUGAAUGAAUAAGAAAUAUAUAUAUCCAUUCAAUUUGAAAGAAGAAACAGCUAAAUAAAAAAAAAAAAAACCGGAGAGGUUCUCAUGCAAAAAAAAGAACAACGCUAGAGCGAGGCCAACACACAUUUUUUUUUUUUUUUAUUUUUUGACAGAAGUAAUAUUUUUUGUGUGGUUUCGCGUGGAUUUUUUUUUGACAAAAAGAAAAAUCCGAAUAAAAUUCAAGAAAAAAUAAUUGUAAUUUAAAUAAAAUUACAAUAAAACUAUAUAAAAACUGUGUAAAUCACUCAGGAGGGAACUUUCGGAGUGAUUUUUGGAUUUAUUUUUGAAAAAGCAAAGCCUAGUCGCCGCUAUUCGCCCAUAAAAUAAAAAAUGUCCGAGCCUGAUAGCCCCACACGGCGGCGGGGCGGCGAACUGCAUCAUCAGUCGCUGUCGCAGCAGCAGCUCCAUCAAUCAGUUGACGAGCAUGAUGAAGCGAAUAACUCGAUUAUUGGAAAAGUUAGGUCACGCGUGUCGAGCAUCUUUCCACAACAGCUAACUAAAUGGUUUUCACCAUCGGCGGCAGCGGUGGCAUCUUCUUCCACAAGCAACGGCGGCGGGGUAAGUCGCAGACGACGCCGCAAUGAAGACGAUGAUGAAGAACGCCGCGCGGAUAAUUCCGAUAACGAUGACAAUGAUUUUGAUGCAAGUGACAAUGACAACAGUGGAGGUGAAGAAGAUGCUGAGGAGUAUUCUUCUCCUGCAGCGGCUCAACCGCCUUCGAAGAGAUCACGACUUAAUAUAGAGGCAACUAGAACAAAUUUCAAGGAGAGUGAAAAUUUAGUAUCCUCAACUCCUACAGUAAGAGGACGACAAAGGUUAACCCAUAUGAGUUUAUAUGGAAAACAUAAGGAGCCAGCUUACAACUUUGGCGGUCAAUCAAAACUAACAACAACAACAACAUCAACAACAACAAACACAAUGAGAAGUGUAGUAUCAGCAAAAACUUCAACAGUUGAUUCUCCUGACAUAAUCGAAGUUGUUCCAGAUAGAAAUGCUCUAAACACAAGCAUAAGUUCCCGAAGGAGCCUUAAUAUCCCAUCAAGUUCAUCUAAUGAAUCACAUCGUAUGCUCAAUGACUUCAAACGUCGCUCAAUGCUGAGCGUAAGAGCACCAGCUGGCGCCAGUGGUUCAUCUUACAUGUCUCAAUCGGCAUCAGGAACAAUUGUUGAAAGAAAUGAUGACGAUGAUGGCAACCAAGAAGACGACGAACCAAGAAGAUCAACUCAAACUAUAAACGAAGGUGACGAAGACAUAGAAGUCGAAGAUGAUGACGACAAUGAAGAAAGUGAAGAAAUCGCAAAGGUCACAUCAAAGAAAUCAUCAUUUACCAAUGGCAAUCGAAUUGGACGUUCCUCUUCGGUUGCCACUGAAAGCGGAGAAAGUCGUAGCUCCAGUGUUGCCCAAACAGCUCAACCCAAAUCGGGACUCUUCAAUCAAGCAAAUCGUGGCUUACGAACAAUGUCUGGAAAUGGAUUGAACUUCUACAGCCACUUGGAAGGACGCAAGUCCUUAUUCUCGGAGAAAAACAUGCCGGGCAUGCUAAACAACUCCACACUCUCGCUAACAAGUUUGAAUCGUCGUCAAUUUAAUUCAUCCAUUUACGGAAGCACAUCGGCCUUAAGUGACAGUCGUCUCCUUCACACAUCUUCACCAUUCUACAAAGGACAAACAACUUAUGGUGGAGCAGCUGCCUACAGCAAAUUCAAUCGCAGUUUAAAUCAAUCGAUUCGUAUUGCGCCCACCCUAAUUCGGCCAACUUCAAGCCUAUCUACAUUAUCAUCGUCUACCAAUUCGCUGGCCCAAGGAAACGACCAAGCAAAUUCCACCGCCAUUUCUAGCACAGCUAAAAGAAUCUUGGAACUCAUCAAUGACUUUUCUACUCCACUUAACGAUGCCAAGAAAAUGGCAAGCAACAUUAAGACACCAGGAAUGUUAGCAAGUCGUAAUGCUACCGGCAAACGAUUCAGCGAAGCUGAUUUGGCCUCGCAAAGAAGUGUCCGACUCUCCUCAGUGCGAAAACCCUACACACGUCCAGCUGUGACUUUAAAUCCUACCAACAACGACUCUAAAAAACUCUUGCCUCCACUCAAGGAAUUGCAAGUUCCCUCAAUGUCACAGCUUUUGCAAAUGAAGAAAAUGCAAAACUGCACUGAACGUUCUCGACAAAUUGCCAAUGCAUCAAAAUCCGUUUUAAACAGAGAAUGCGAGUAUAAAUUGCCCGGGGAAGAUGACGCACAGAAAAACACAGAUAAAAAUGCCAACAAGCAUGUCAGUAAGAUCAAGAAUAAAGUCACUGCAAGCUCCAGAGUCAGCUCAAAGAACAACCAUGCCGAGGAUGAAGAGCCACCAGCUCCAGCUAAUCUUCCAAACAUUGCUUUCCCAUUUAUGCAGUCUGUUCCAAAAAUCGAUAUUGCAGUUAGCAGUAGUUUAACCACCACCCCACAACAACCCAAAACAGAUUUUAAGUUUUCAUCGGCUUCCGAAGCUAAGCCUACAAAUAAUUUCAAAUUUGGCCUCGCCAAAGAAUCAGAGAAUUCCACAGAAAAGCCAAAAUCUUCAAUGAAUUUUAAUUUUGUACCAAGCUCAUCCUCACCCUCUGUCUCCUCCUCCUUCUCAUCAUCCUCGAAUGUGACAUCUGGAGUUGAGUUUAAAUUUUCCUCACCAGUCAGUGUGAAUUGUACUCCAUCAAAGGGUGAAAUUGCUCCUAUUAAUAAUUUCAAAUUUAGCUCACCUCUAAUGGUGGGACAGAAAGAAGUCGAAAAAGAUGAAGUUGUCCCUCUGUCUGUUGUACCUCCACUCAAAACCGGCAGCGUUCUCGAUGCCCUAAAGAAACCAAUUGAAAAGGUCACACCAGCACCAGCUAAAGUUGCUGCUGCUGCGCCAAUUAUUUCAAGCUUUGGUGACCAAUUUAAAAAACCUUCCAAUGAAUGGGAGUGUUCUGCGUGUAUGUUAAGGAAUAAGGAAACUCUUGAAAAAUGCGUUGCUUGUGAAACUCCACGCGCCAAACCUGCAGCAGCAGUUACAGCUUUGCCUUCCACUAACUCGCUGACAGUCAAAAACACCUUCGGUGCAGCCUUCAAACCUAAGUCGGAUACUUGGGAAUGCUCAGCGUGUAUGGUACGCAAUAAAAACGAGGCCAAUGAGUGUGUAGCUUGUUGCACAAAGAAACCAGGAGCUACUGGAUCAGCACCAACAACAAGUGCUCCUAAACUUGAAAGUACAGAUGCAGGAUUCAAAUCGCUUGUUGCACAACAGAAAGCUUCCAAGUGGGAAUGUGACGCUUGCAUGACCCGCAAUGAUGCCGAACGCAAUAAAUGCGUUUGUUGUGAGCAAGCCAAACCCGGCACUCAGGUAGUCAGCGAGAGUGUGCCACAAUUUAACUUUGGCACAAGUAGUGCCUCGAAGUUCACUUUUGGUUUUGGCGCAGUCUCUAAGAAAGAAGAUGAACUCAAGGCUGAGGCGGCAACGUCCAGCAAGACUGAGAAUAAGACAGGAUUUACCUUUGGCAUGCCAGCGGCAAAAACUAACGAUUCGUCUGUUUCUAGUACCGGCUUCUCAUUUGGAAUUAAGCCUCAGUUGGACACCACACCAGCAAUUACCUCCAAGGACGUCCCAGAUGUUGUAAAAACAAAUACAACGACAGGUUUCAAGUUUGGCGUUCAGCCAGCAGCCGAUAGUAGUAAGUCAGAUACUACUACUAGCACUACUCCUUCAACGGGUUUCAGUUUUGGCCUAAAACCGGCACAAACAGCUGAAACCAAGGCGGCGGGUAGUGUCACAUUUAAUCUCCCCUCGACUACAGCAGCCGAGAGCAAAACCCCAACGACUGCAGCAAGUUCGGCAGUAACUUCCACAUCGGCUGCAACUCCAGCGACAUCGUCACCAUUUAAUCCGAUUACUUCUUCAGCCUUUGGUGGGUUGAAGAAAGCUGAUGAAACCAAGCCAGCUGAAACAAAGGGUUUGGUAUUUGGUGUACCAGCAGUGGCAUCAACUCCAUCUGCCGCAAUCAAACCAAUCACAUUCAAUGCCCCAACAGAGGCAAGUAAAAUGACCCCAAAAGUGACGUUUGGAACUCCAAGUACUGCCUCGAGUGCGGUUAGUACAUCAACUCCAAGCAGCGGAUUCGUCUUUGGCAAACCUGCUGCAGCAGCAACUUCAUCGGCAUUUUCUCCCAAAGCUCCAGCUACUUCGGCUGCGAGCUUUUCCUUUGGCAAAGAUCAAUCGACGAGUGGUAGCGUUUCUCUGUUUGGUUCAUCCCCAUCAGCAUCAAGCUCAACAAGUGGUGUGACCUCAAAGAGUGCCACACCUGUGUUUGGAGCAACCGUUGCUACUCCUGCCACAGCAACAGUGAGUAGUUCUACAACUGGUUUUGUAUUUGGCAAACCGGCAACAACUUCCUUAUUUGGAGCAGCUGCAGCUUCGACUUCAGCGACAACUGCUACGUCUUCUGUUUUUGGUUCAAAACCCGCAGGCUCAUUGUUUUCAUCAUCGUCUGCUGCAGUCACCACCUCAUCGUUGUCGAUGACAAACCCAUCUAUCACGUCGACGGGUCUAAAUCCUUCCUCAACUACGACCUCUUCGCCAGCGGCACCUUUUGUAUUUGGAAGCUCAGGUGGCGCAUCAUCGUCAGCUUCGAAUACAAAUAACAAACCAAUUUUUGGAGCAAGUACCUUCGAAGCUGCACCAAGUUCAGGUCUUUCAGCUGCUCCAGCAACAACCGCCACCGCAUCCAGCUGGCCAACAAACUCAUUCUCAUUUGGUUCGACAAAACCACCCGAAGAAGCUAAAACUAAUGCUCCGCCAGCUUUUGGAUCACCCGCAGCGAUUUUUGGCCAAACAACGCCAAUGUUUGGCUCUAACCCACAACAACAGCAGAUCGUAGGUGAAGUUAAACCUAUGACAGCUGCAACUCCAUCGACAAUACCCUCAUUCGGAGCACCUUCCGCCACAUCAACACUAUUCGGUUCGAAUGCAUCAGCCACAGCAGGAGGUUCUGCUGCUGCUGGGUCGAGUAAUAUGUUUGGUUCCACAAGUUCCACCCCUGUCUUUGGGUCUACAAUGGGUUUUGAAGGUUUUGGAGCGCCAGCUGCAACAGCAUCGGCACCAGCAGCACCAACGAUUGGCAGUAAUAAUGCAGCUGCAAUGCCCACAUUCGGUUCCUCAUCAGCGUUUUCUAGUGGAUUUGGUUCACUAGCAGCCGCCUCUUCAUCGGGCAGUGGAGAUGGAGCGCCGGCGCCAAAGAAGUCUGAUAUGGCGUUUAAUUUUGGUAGCAGUGCACAGACUUCAACAAAUAGUGGCUUUUCAUUCGGAGGGAACAAUAAUAAACCUGCGUCGGAUGCUGUAUUCAAGUUCUCAACGUCAAGUACACCUAGUUUUAAUUUUACAGGAGCAACAGAGUCAACAAACGUAGCACAACCUUUUCAAUUUGGAGCUCCAACCAGUACACCGGCUGUUUUUAAUUUUGGUGGUGUUGAGUCCGAUGCCAACGCCUGGAUUAGCAGGAAGUCAACAAGCAGCACGUCGAAAAAUGCGAACAGUAACACGUCGGACGCAACCACGGUAGACCAUAAUGUUGUUGUUAGCAGUAGGCAAUGGUUGAGACCUAACAGGGACGACAAAAAUAAUAACAAACACACGUACAUCAACGCCAAUGCCAUUCGCAGUAGCAUCAGCAGCAGCAGCAGCAGCAGCAGUAACAAAAGCAUUACAAACGACUCACAACGAGCUUCAACAACAGCAGCUGCAUCCAAUAAUCCAAUAAAUACAGAGCUUUUAAAGUUUUCUUCUUCAACAACAACAGCAACAACAACAACAAAAACCGAAACAGAAACAACACCAAUUCAAACAGAUCAACAACAAAUAUACCAUAAUAAAAAAUCUUUUUUAAUGCAAAAAUAUAAAUUCUAUAGAGUUAAUAAAAAUGAAGCAGAAUCAUUUAGCGGCAACAGCAGCAGCAACAAUCGAAGUAGCAGCAGCAAAGUCAGCGAUGGCAAUGGCGGUGACGGUGACCACCACGACCCAAAGGACGACACGAUAAACAACGACAAAGCAUCAGAUGCCCUCGAUUAUAAUAUGAAGCAGCAUCAGCAGCAACAACAACAGGGUGAACAACAACACUAUCUAUUAAAGACAGACAACGUUAAGACUGGCGACGAAUCGACAACAAACAUAACAACAACAACAACAAACAUAAUAUCAUCAUCAAUUCACUCAGUUAAUAAGGAUAUAAAUACAAUUAGUAGCCAACAUCAUCAUCAGAUAGAUCAAGAGAAGAAGAAUAAGAUCGAUAGGAUCAAUAGAACUGUUGUACGGCAAACAACAACAAUGCAGCGUGCUGUUCCUGUUCGUCUGCCUUACAAAAAGUUUGCCAUCAAUUCUUCCACCAAUUUAAGUAGCAACAGUGCAACUAGCAAAUAUAAAUUAAUCCGAAAACGAUCUAUAUCCAGAGAGGACAAAUCUUCACCACCAACAACAACAACAACAACAACAACAAUUCCUAAUAGAAGAGUUAUUCGAACUUCACUUCCGCCAAAACGAGGUAAACUAACUUCAUUUUCAGCCAACAAUAGUAUCAUUACAACCACCACAAACACAAAUACAACAAAACCCUAUCAGGAUCCGGCAAAGUACAAGUACGUAAAUAAACCGCAAGGAAAUUAAUUCAAGAGGAACAUUUUUUGUGACUAAAAACAACAACAACCAACAACAAAAUCAUGAACCCCCAAUUUAGUGUAUAACCAAGAUUUAUAGAAAACAAAACAAAAAACACAACCAACAA